AUGUCAGGUUUAGGUGGUGGCUUUGCUGAGCGCUUUGCGCGAGAGACAUGGGCGCUCUAUGCUGUUGGUGUAUUGGGCGCAGUCCUGAGAUAUACGGCCCGUGUCAGGCGUUUAGGUAUUCGAAAUCUCCAAGCCGAUGAUUAUUUAAUGUGCAAUGCCGUUCUUUGGUAUACGAUUCUAUGCGUCGCUCUCAACCAAGUGGCCUCAGGUGGAGGGUCAAAUUUGAUGACGGCAGAGGAAAAGGCUUCAAUGACGCCGGCUAUACACGACGAGCGAGAACGGGGUAGUAAAUGGGUGUUUGUAUCGGAGCAUGCUUUCAUCCUCUGUGUUUGGAGCUUGAAAGCAUGUAUGCUGAUAAUCUAUGCUCGCAUAACUGAGGGGUUGCGCCAACGAAAAUGGAUCAACUAUAUCGCCAUAUAUGUGGUACUCGGUUUCAUCGCCACGGAGCUUUCUCUAUUCCUCAUCUGCAGGCCAUUAACACAAUACUGGGCGGUUCCUACUGAUAACUACCAAUGCUCAUCUUAUCAACACUAUGAAAUCGUCCAAGGCGCUCUUUCGAUUUCCGCCGAUGUUUUCAUGCUCAUUGUCGCCAUUCCUAUGCUUGUCCAAGUCCGCGUUCCAACCAAGCAGAAGGUGAUUCUGAUCCUUCUGUUCGGUAUGGGUAUCUUCGUUAUUGUCGCCGCUGUCUUGAACAAGAUAUACUGUCUGGUUCCUUCACUUAUUUCCUACGUAUACAUGAACUGGUACUUCCGUGAAGCCACCGUGGCGAUCCUGGUCACCAACUUGCCACUUGUAUGGUCGCUUCUACGAGAUGUGUUCCCCGCCCUCAAGAGCUGGACUGGAGGAUCGAAGAGAGGUACCGAUCGUUACAAAUCUCAACCCUGGACAAACAGCAAGAAUUCUCGACCAUAUGGGCCCCACAGUCAGAUUCGCUCGGGGGAUGAUUUCCAUAUGAACGAUUUCCACGCAGCUUCCGUGACACCAACGAAGGCCGGACCAGCCGUUUCAGAUAUCAGUCUGGGGCCUAGUGAAGAUCGGGAUAUGAGCAGUGAUGAUGGGUCUGCGCGCGCCUUGCGGAUCCGACAAGAUAUCACAGUUACGGUACAACACGAUUCAAGGCCAAACGACUAUGAGACCAAUAGUUCCCAUAUCACCCGUGGGCAUGAGGCAGUCUAG